CCAGGCACCAUGCAGCCAACGUACAAACACUCGUGUCACUGACACAAGUCAGCCCGACCGACAUUGUACAAAUGCUAUACACAGACAGACAGACAGACAGAAUCUACCACACAUGUACUGUACUCAACCACACUGUCAGUCGAUUCAUCCUUUGACACACACGCACCCACCCACUCACUCCCUCGGCCCUUCAGCCCCUCACGCACACACUGGCGGCCCCGAUAUGGCCAUCCCCUCCCUCCUCGCAACCCUCUCCCUCUCCCCCACGUCGCUCUUGAGCACACAGAUCCGCAGCUCCGGCCGGUACGUAAAGGCCACACAGUCCGCCGUCCGUGCGCACCUCGACUGACACGCAAUCGCCGACGGGGCGUUCCUCAGCGCCUUGAUUGUCUUCCCCCCAAUAUAUCUCGUCUGUGUCUCGAGGCACGAGCUGUGUUUCGGCCCCGAGAUGACCAUGUGUGUGCCGAGCUCGGUGUCGCCUCCCUCUGCCUCUGGCAGUGGCUGUCUGUCUCUGUCGCUGUCCAAUAAAAGGCAGUUGACGCCGCCUUUGUCAGUUUUGGAGGCGAUGUACGAGAAGUGCCGGCAGGCAGGGGAGCGUUGGCAGCGCCGCUGGCAGGCCUCUGUUGAGGGGAUGUCCUCGAGACGACUGCUGGCGACCUCUACCUCUUUAUCACUCUUGCUGCUGGUGCUGCUGUCGGUGGUGCUGAUGGUGGGGCUGUCGUAGUAGGCCAGCUCAAAGCCGCCACUCGAUGGACAAAACUUAGGGCCGCUGAUACAGAGGAGAGACACACAUGGCAUGGUGGCCACGGGUGUGUGCACGGCUGUCUGUGUAGGUGUUUGUCUGUGGACGGACGGACAGACGGUGUACCUGACGGCCACAUCGCUGCCUUUGGAUGGUCUUCGUUUGGCGUCGCUGCUCUUGAGGAAGCAGUUGUCCUCUGUGUCGGCCUCGUGUGUGGGCAUGUAGGUGAAGAACCGACACAUGUCCUCCUUCAUGCACUUGGUCUGGCACUGAGACGCGCUCCUCACCUGCACACACCGACACACACAUGGAUGGAGGAAGGCGCGUCAAGUGAGUGGGUGAGGUGACUCACUCUAGUGGAAGCGAUUGUCUUGGUGGCAAGGGCUGUCUCCUCGAAGCAGCCCCUGCCCCCGCAGCUCCUCGGCCCGCUGAUGGCCGACUCCACCCCCCCUCCCCCUAUGAGCUGGCGAGUGACGAUGUUGCCCUCCUUGAGGUUGCAGUUCUCAUUCUUCCGUGUGGGGUAGAAGGUGAAGUGCCUGCACUUCUUGUCCGUGAAGCACGCCAUCUGGCAGUGCUCGGCGGAGAAGGCGUGCACUGCACUGAUGUCGGGAGAGCCCAUGUACGCCGCACUCUCAAAGCAACCUGCAUUCCAUUCCAUUCCCACACCACACCACUCCCGCGGCAUACACACACAUGCAUAUGCCCGCCGGCCCCCUCCACUCCACUCCCUCCCUCCCUCACUCACCGCCCAUGUCGCUGUUCAUGAGCACCAGCGGCUGCCCGUCAUGAAUUCUGGCCGUGAGGCCUUUCUUGGUCACUCGGUAGCACCCCCGCCCUCCCCCGCCCUCGUGCAGAUACGCCAACGCGUCGCAGAGGAGCGUCCCCCGCUUGUGGGGCAUCUUGCUGGGCGGUAUGUGGACCUCUCGGCUGCCCUGGUUUUGGCCGCGGUGGUCGUUCCCGCCGCCUGUGUUGGACGUGAUGAUGAUGGGCUGCUCCUCUGCCCCUUUGCGCGUGAAGACGUACGUGUUAUCACGCACCUGCCCAGCCAGACAGACAGACAGACAGGUAGCGACGGUGGUGGUGUGUGGGUUUCCUGUGCUUACGAUGAGCUCCUCUUGUCUGCCGUCGAAUAUGCCUUGGCUUCUGAGGAAUGUCAUCCGCUUGAUGAGUCGGAAUAUUGGGUGUGUGGUGUUGUAGCCCGAUAGCCACAGGGGGGAGCGGUUCGAAUUGUCGUCCCACUUGCCGUCCUCCCUGGCACCAACUGACAUGGGGGCAUGACCCACACACACCACACCACAGACAGACAGACAGACACACACAGAUGGACGGCCGUCUGGCUGAUGUGUAGUGUACCGUAUCCCUGUUCGGUGCCGUAAUACUGACACACACAGACCACACAGCGAGCAGAGGCAAAGGGAUUUCAUGUGUGUGUGUGUGUGUGUUGGUGUGUGAGAGGCUCACAAUGAAGGGUAUGCCUUCGGCAGCGAGGAUGAAGGUCAGUGCAUUGCGGUAGAGCACCUCAUCGGGCUGGGCGUACAGGAACCGAGCGAAGUCGUGGUUUUCCACGAACAGAGCCAAUGCCGCCACGUCACUGCCGCCACACAGAUUGAUUUGUGUCCAUCCCCCCCCCCCCAUCGCCAUGCGGGUGAGCGUGUGGACUGGACCGACCUGAUUUUGUUCUUGACGUCUGUGAGUGUUCUGCUGAGGUGGUGCAUGGGCCUCUUCUUGACAAACACCUCUCGCAGGGCGAAAUACAUCGGGUAAUUCAGCAUCUGCAACACAGACAACACUCUAACACACUGGUGUUCCCUCAUUGAUCCAUCUGCACUGGACUCACGCCGUCGAACAUCUUGCCGUCUUGCCACUUGCCGACGUCCUGCGCCGCCUGGCUGAGCUCCUCCCCCACAGUGAAGACGCGCCGCUGCAGCCGCUCGUGGAAGUCCUGCCAGAACCACCUGGGCACGUGCUUGACGGCGUCGAUUCGGAAGCCGUCGAACUCCCACCGCACAGCCAGGUCAUCGACGAAGUGCAGCAGCUGCUCCCUCACCCAUGCGUCCUCCUGCAGACAGACAGGCAGACAGACAGACAGACAGAUGUGCCGAGAAACAGACAGACCUCUGUGUGUGUGUGUGUGUGUAUGUGUACGUGCUUGAGGUCUGGGAGUCCCCAGAGCCAGCAGGUCUCGAAGGUGCUUGGGUUCUGGAAGUCCAUUUUGCAGUCGGCGUGGAAGUACUCGGUCCUGUUGAACGGCGUUAUCAGGUGGAGGUUCUCCUUGCCCACAGGCGCCACGUGGUUCAUCACUGCACCACACACGCAAGCAGAGAGAGGAGGAGGGCGUCAUGUGAUGGGAGGGCGCGGCGCGUUCGGGCCGGCCUACCGACGUCUGCCAUGAUCCAGAUGUCCAUGCCGUGGCUGGUAGUUAUGAGGCUCUUGAGGUCAUCCUCACUGCCGAAGUGGGAAUUGACGGCAGACCAGUUCCGCGGGUGAUAGCCUGCCCCGCACACCCAGCCAGCAGCACACGCACGCGGCCGAUAUGACGCACUCAGUCUUGUGACAUCACUCACUCACCAUGGUAGCCGCACUGCAGCUGGUCUUGUAUUGGGCUGAUCCAUAUCGCACUGAUCCCUGCGGACAGACAGAGGGACACACAACACAACACACCAGGCAGGCCAGCAAGUCACAUAGCAUUAUCCGCGACACAGAAGCAAGCCAUCACAAGCAGCCAGCCCACCGAGUUCUUUGAGGUACGGCAGGUGUUCCUCCAUUGCCUUCCACGAGCCGCCGCAGUAGCCCCCCGAGGGGCACUCCUUCAGGCUUUUCUCACACGUGUCCUCCUUGGGGCUGGUGACGGCGAACCGGUCCGUCAGGACGUGAUAGACCACUCUGCGAGAGGACACCCAUUCGUCCCUUGCUUUGCCCUGCAGUGGGCGGGGCAGCCACGCCGCCACAGCCAGGAGAAGAAGGGCACGCGACAAGGCGGGGAUGGUCUCUUCGGAUGACGUCAUUAGUCAGACCGAG